GGAUACGGGACAAAUUGUGCGCGGGCAGGAAGGGAGGGUCGCUGCUUGCUCAACUUGGCUCACAGUGCUGAACCACUGCGCCAGACUUCACUGACUCUACACGGCAUCCCGCGACGGCUGCACUGUUUAGGUGCUCAGUUCAAUUUAUCAAACUCUUUCAAUAGAAGGUAUGUUGAUUCUGUAGUUGCGGUUAGGAUGAUCAACCGUGAAAAUAAUAUUUGCGCAGUGCGUGAUAUUCUCCAACUUUAACUUUUUUCCUUCAAAUUACCCUACACUGCUUCAGUUUAUUUUGCUUCUCUAAAGCAGAGAAGGCUGCGCGUAAAAGUACCAAUGCAAAUAUCCAACUUGUGUGAAAAAAAAUGUGAAGUUCUGGCCGAAUAGGCUGCUCAAUCAGCUUACAAUCAACCAGACCAUUUCCACUACUGGAAGCAGCUUGCUGGGCUCUGGAUAGCUUGACCGGUGUUCUGGUCUCGCCAAAUUGACACUUUUACGCAUGAUGGAGAAUCUUCCCAGUGACCGAGACUUUUGGGCGAUGAAUGACUCUUGGAGCAAUUCGAGUAGUAAAAACGAGACUGGUCUUGGAAACAAAACGAUGAACCCCUUAAAACGAAAUGAGGAAGUGGCCAAAGUGGAAGUGACCGUUCUCGUCUUGAUUCUGCUGCUCGCACUAGCCGGCAACAUCUGCGUCCUCUUGGCUAUCCACACCAGCAAGCAUAGCCACUCUCGGAUGUACUACUUCAUGAAGCACCUUAGCAUCGCAGAUCUGGUGGUCGCUAUUUUUCAAGUCCUCCCGCAACUAAUUUGGGAUAUCACGUUCCGUUUUUAUGGACCAGACUUGUUGUGUCGGCUAGUAAAAUAUGUACAAGUGGUCGGCAUGUUUGCUUCAACUUACAUGCUUGUUUUAAUGUCCAUUGACAGGUGCUUAGCUAUAUGCCAACCUCUUCGAUCUUUACACAAGAGAAAGGACUGUUUGUAUGUGAUUACGUCUUGGAUGCUAAGUCUCAUAUUUAGUACCCCUCAAGUAUACAUUUUUUCCCUAAAGGAAGUUGGCAAUGGAGUCUAUGACUGUUGGGGGGAUUUCGUGCAACCCUGGGGACACAAGGCAUAUGUCACCUGGAUUAGUCUGACAAUAUACAUCAUCCCAGUGGCAAUUUUGAGUGUUUGCUAUGGCCUGAUAAGUUUUAAAAUAUGGCAAAAUUUUAAGUUAAAAACUCGUCGAGAGCAGUCUAUGUCGCUUACACCAAGGGCAUCCAAGAGUGUGGCUCUCUCUCGUGUGAGUAGCGUGAGGCUAAUUUCAAAGGCCAAGAUUCGAACCGUCAAAAUGACGUUUGUAAUAGUCCUUGCAUACAUUGUCUGCUGGACUCCCUUUUUCUUCGUACAAAUGUGGUCAGCAUGGGAUCCAGCUGCGCCCAGAGAAGACAUGGCCUUUAUCAUUGCUAUGCUGCUGGGCAGUCUGAACAGCUGCUGUAACCCCUGGAUCUACAUGUUCUUUGCUGGUCACCUGUUCCAUGACCUGGUUCGAUGCUUGGUCUGCUGCUCCAGCCAAUACCUGAAGGCCCCCCAGUGUGGCUCGGAGCACCAGACCACAAGAAAGAGCACCUCUUCUACCUUUGUCAUCAAGAACACCAGCAGUCAGAGGAGCUUCACUCAGACCUCUAACACAUAGGGGCCAAUGAUGCCCUGAGUCCCUUACAUAGACCUUCGGCAAGUAGGGGCCAGGUUAUAGCUUUCAAGAAGGGGCCAGUGAUGCACUGCUACUGUUAGACAGAUACCCAGCAAGAAUGAGCCUGCUUCUCUUGCGCAGACAUCCUGAAAGAUAUACAAAUUGAAAAUGUAAUAGAUACAUUCAGCCGUAGGAGCCAGGUAUUUUGGGAGGUCAUGUAUCCAGCUGGAUCUUGAAAGCCACCCAUAAUUGCCAAGGAUGUUGGAAAGUCUUGUAAGUGACGUCUGAGAGCCAGAUAACCCUCUUCAUCGAAAAAUACCUUUCAAAUACGUUUGACAAGUACUACAAGUACUAACUGUCCCUUACAAAGACUUUAUUUCAAUUGGGAAGCAUCUAAGUGGGAAGACCAUCACAGAUGAGUGUGACUGCGAGUGUAAGUGCAGGAAUGGGGUAGCCAAGAUAUAGUUGACUGAACAUAGGAGAGAACCCAAUCUUGUGAGAACAUUUAAUAAGAUGACUAAGACUCACCUUUCAUCCAGUCAGUCUUUUCACUGUACAGAUUACAGUAUGUCCUGAAAAAUUUCUGUCACACUCUGUGACUAUUUUAACAAUAUGUUUCCCUAGGAAACUUUCACAUUCAUAUUUUGGUAGGUUAGUAAAUCCAGCUAUUUUUCUUUCAUUUAAUUUCAAAGAAUAUUCUAUGAACACAAUUAUGAAAAUUACAUAAAAAAUACAGUCUAUGAUCAUCUGUUGUAACUUUCCUGUAUCCAUAUUUUUCAUAAAGACAAACCCUUGAUAUAUACUAUAGAUGUAUACUGUGACUCAUGUCAAAGCCCACUCUUGUCUGCUUUCAACUGAGACUAAAUGAAUGAAGAAGAAAUGGAAAUGUCAAGCAUGUGAAGUCAUACUGAUCUACACAGAUAACAUGACUGCUUUUAGAAGGAAAGGCAUUUUAAGCAGUGUUUAUAAUAUAAUAUUAUUGGUUUCGAUUUUGUAAAUAGCAUGCUUACUAGCUUUUGAAAUGCUACAUCACCAUAAAUGUUGCAUUACUUAUGCAAUAAAAAUGCUUUUCUGUGUAUGUAUUUGUGCUGUAAGGGAUGGCACAUUAGAAAAAUGCAUGUAUCUGUGAAUCAUUUAACAGUGAUAAAUACACAAUAACUUUAUUAAUAUACUAUAUGUGUAUAUAUAUACAGUAUUUAUAAUAUAUAUCAGUAAUUUGCUGUCCUCAUGUUGUGGUAUAGUCAUCUGUGGACCUUGUACUAUUGCCAGCUGUUUCUAUGGAACCUAAUAAAUGUAUGGAUUACAGAAGAAAUAUUUUGUAUAU